ACACAAACAACACUGCGCUAGCUCUCCGGAAGAAAUUAAUGGAGAAAGACAAACAAGGUUUGGAGCCGAAGGCAAUUAGGCAUAAGCAGCAAGCUAAGCAAGUCCAGUUCCUCUGGCUCCAUACCCAGCUGCAACUCCUGUGCUUGUAUGUUCAUCGUGCAGAAACCUCCUUCUGUAUCCUCCUGGAGCAGCAUCAGUAUGCUGCUCUGUUUGCAGUGCCACCUCCCGGUACAGAAAUGACUCAGGUGAUUUGUGGAGGAUGCCACACUCUCUUAAUGUUGAGAGGCGGAGUGACGAGCGUCCAUUGUUCUUGCUGCUACACAUUAAACCUGGAUCUGGAGGGUGAGCAGAAACAUAAUUUAAUUAGUUAUUCGAUCUGUCCUUGUGGAUGAGUAGCUAGAUACAAAUUAACAAGAUAAA